CUUCCCCAUCGUUUCUUCUUCCUGUUUCUUCCUCUCUCUCUCUUUCUACCUCCAUUCUUUCCCCUCUCUUAUUUCUUCCCCAUCGUUUCCCGGCAAGCAAUGAAUAGAGAGGGACGAGAACAGAAAAAUAGAUCCAAAUUCUCUUCUCUACUCUCUCUCUGCCUAUAUCGAGAAUCUCUCCCGACACAAGCAAACCCUAGCUUCAAUCUUCAUCCAAAGAAUCGGCUAAUCACAUUCCAUUUUCUCGAACCAAUCUUCUCGCGGAUAAAAUAAUAAACAAGAGCUCUAUAUAUCCUGCUUUUCCUUUGCAUUCUGUGUGGUCUUUUAUUUGUAGGGUUUCUCGUGGAUAGUUUUUUCUUCCUUUCCUUUCUGUUUGUAAGGAUGCAGAUUUUGGAGCACGGAGACGAUCAUUAUGACCCUCGGUUUUCGACUGAAUCUUUGUCAUGUAUACUUCCCCCAAUGGCACACAUUGAUUCCCCCAAACGGAGCCUUUCUUACCAUGAGCUUUUUCAGCACCCCCUCUGGCUCUCUAUUCUCAAAUUGGAUGGCUCAUCUUUCGACAUUGAGGUGUCGAGCACGGGGACAGUUGGGGAGCUGAAGGAGGCAGUGGAAGCAGCAUUUGAUCAUUUGCCAAAGAAGGGACCUGGUAGUGUUUCAUGGGAACAUGUGUGGGGACAGUUUUGUCUUUGUCAUGAAGGCCAGAAGCUACUGAAUGACAGCGAUUAUAUUGGAAUGUUAGGCAUCAGGGAUGGUGAUCAGCUGCAGUUUGUUCAUAAUGCUUCCGAUACCUACAAUUUGGUUAAGGAACCAUCAGAGAGAGAGGACCCUGAUUCUGAUCAUGAACCCUGCAUUUGCAGUUGUGAAGACGGACAAAAAGAUGAUGGUCAUCAUACAUGGAAUUUAGAGGACAACCAAGAUGAUUGUGCUGAGACAGAGGAUGGUAUCAUUUCACGUUGUGAACACAGGAUAAAUCACUUGUUAAGAGGGUGGUUCCCAUACCGUAGGUUGUUGAGCGACAAAGAGAGGGGUAGCUCAAGACAUUCUGACAACAGACUAGGAAGUUUCAAGAGUCUCUUACGAUGUUCCAGCUGUAAGUGUGAAUCUCGGAGAGAAACUUGGGAUGGAGAGUAACUCGUGGACAGUUGUAUAUCCAACUCUUUGGGACUGCUCGCAUUGACCACUGGUGUUAGAUUUCAGUUGGAAGUUAACUUUCUAACCCCACAUGGUAAUGCCAGCAAGGUCUCAAUAGCCAUCGAAGCUGUAUUUGUGUAAAGGAAUGCGCGGAUACAUGCAGUUGCAAACUGCAGAAAUGAGUUGUUUUGUGCUUCAUGUUCUUCACCAUUACAUCUUAGAUAGCUGUUUCCGGCAGUAGAGUAGGAAUCUUUUGCCUUGUCACAGUUGGAUUCCUCCAGAUUUUUUCAUUGUUAACUAUCUGCAUUGCAGAACUGAUGGGGGAGAAGACACUGGCAAUCUGGUUUUACUGUGGGUUGAUCUUGGAAUUUUUCCUGUUCGGUAUGGAUGAUUAACCAAUAUUAGCCUAGUGUAUUCAGAUUGUAACUGGGUCUGACGUCAAGUAGGUUUGGCUGUCUUGAAGUAUAACCCCCCAAUGAGUCCAGGGCCUUACCCUAUGAUUUCUUAUGUAAGUAUGUAAUAAGUCAAGAAGUCAUCCUUGUCCUCGUGUGUUUGUUAUGGAAUCAAACUUUUCUUCUUUAA